CUUCAGCGCCAUGUUUUACGAGUGUACGGAGUAUCCUAACCACGCCAUUGUAGGCGACGCACAGUUUUUUCAAAUAUUCCGCAGCAGUUUCGACUUUCUACUGUGAAAUUGUGAGCUUAAAAGACAUCGCUACGUUUUAUCCAUCAUUUACAGGCCAUUAAACCUCGAUCAAAUUGAAGCGACUUGCAAUUCGACGCGGAAUACAAUAAAAUCACAGAAGCAGCAUGUACGGUAACAAUAUCGAUCCGUGGGAGCCUGGGUACGGGCCGGAAAGAAGGAGCCAUACUUCCGAUUACCCCGAAUAUCGAAGCGAAUACAACAGUAACAGAUCACCGGAUUACGGGGAACAUCGGGACGUGGACCACAGAGACAGAGAUCACCGAAGUCCCGAGUACAGGAACCAUCGUGGAAGAGACAGAGACCGAGAGCGAGAUCGUUCGCGGGACAGGAGAGAUCGAAGUAGAGAAGACAGAGAUCGAAGCUACCGAGACAGGGACGAUCGAUACGGGAGGCAAAGGGAUAGUCGUGAUUCCGUAGAACGAGAUCGCGAUCGUGACCGCGAUCGAGACAGAGAUCGAGAUCGUUCGCGGAGAGACAGAGACAGGGAUAGGGACAGAGACCGUAGAGGAAAACGUGAUGAUCGGGACCGAGAUCGCGACGACGAUCACAGUCGGGAGAGCUUGGACUUUGAACACGAACACGGUCGCGCGUACGGGUCAUCCAUGGAAGGUGUUCACUACAAAUCUCAGUCCCCCAACAACACCAUUAUGAUCCGCGGACUCGCACAGCAUAUUACCGAAAACGACGUGCGGCAAGACAUCCUCAAUUGUGGUCUCAUGCCCAAGGAUAUAAGGCUGAUCCGGAAGAAGGACACAGGUGCUUCGCGAGGUUUCGCAUUCGUCGAGUUUAACGCGACACAGGAGGCCGCACGGUGGAUGGAGAUGAAACAGGGCGUACUGAUGCUGCAGGACCAGUAUCGCGCUCUAAUGCAGUACAGUAUACCCAAGGACUGCAAUGUGGAUAAACCACCGGCAAAGAACACGCAGGACUGGCACUGCGUUAAGUGUGGGGCGCAUAACUUCAAGAGACGCGAGACUUGUUUCAAGUGCUCCGCUUCGCGUGCCGAAAGCGAGGAGGGUGGAGAAGGCAGUGACGAGAUCAGUCCACAUCCUACCAACACGGUCCUGUUGCGAGGUCUCGAUGUGCUGACAACGGAGGACUCGGUUCUUCAAUCCAUGAAGUCACUGUCGUCCAUGCCAAUUCGCAGCAUCCGAAUUGGAAGAGACACCCUGACGAAUACGUCUCGGGGCGUCUGUUACCUGGAGAUGGGAAAUGUGGUCGAUGCGAUGUAUCUUCACACGGCUUUGACUAAGCAGGGGCUAGUGGUCGAUGGGAGGAAGGUAGAAGUGGCCUAUUGUAAGUUGCACCAAGUGGCUAGCACUAGGCUCUGGAAAAUGACGGACAACACGGCGCAGAGGUACACGUUGGACGACGUCGCACAGUUAGCCGAGUACAGUGCCAACAUGUACGCUAAAACACCUGCCCAGAAGGCUCAUUAUCUUCAGUAUUACACGCAAUAUUAUCAGAACCAGAUAAUGCAAGGCUCGGCUAUUACCUUGCCGUCCCUAAACCAAACCGACAGAGUAAAUGCCGCAGCAGCUGUGGCCCAAUCGGCCAUUCAGCAGCUCCAGGCAUCCCGAAAGUUGGGCGACGCCGAAGAAAUGAAAGGUAGACCUACGCCUACUGCGCCGACCAGCACCUCACUGGCGAGUGGAAGGGUUCCGGCACAUGCCAGCGAUGGCAAAGUCUAUUCCGUGCCCGAUGUCAGUACAUACCACUAUGACGAAUCCUCUGGCUACUACUACGACCCCAGCACAGGACUUUAUUAUGACCCCAACUCGCAAUACUACUAUAACAGCCACACCCAGCAAUUCUUGUACUGGGAUUCGGAAUCGUUGUCUUAUCAACCAGCAAAGCAGACUGGUGGGGGACCAACGAGCGAAUCCACUGCGGCAACCAACCCUGGUACCGUCGAGGGCAAUGGAGUAUCAGACCCGGGGAUGUCGACUUCAUCUACGGGAACGUCGCAAGAACUAUCCAAGGACGACGAGACCAAAAAGAAAGACAGCAAGCAGGACAAGGUUAAGGUAGCCAAGAAGAUUGCCAAGGACAUGGAGCGUUGGGCGAAGACUCUCAAUCAGAAGAAGGAAAACGCUAAAUCUAAUUGGAGUGCGGAAUUCCCCGGUACCGAAGGUCACCAGGGAUCGGGAAGCGGGGCGGCGGAUGCAGGGUACGCCAUCCUCGAAAAGAAGACUCUAGCGAAUCCAUAUCUUGAGGAAGAGGACCAGUCCAGCAAUAACGGCCUGGUAGCCGCGUACGGUGGCGGCAGCGACACCGAAGAGGAAAUAGAGGACGUUCAGCAAGAGGAACGACAACACACCGAUUGGAGCAAGCUAGCCUGCCUCUUGUGCAAACGACAGUUUCCGAGCAAGGAGGCUUUGAUGCGACAUCAACAGCUGUCCGACCUGCACAAGCAGAACCUGGAGAACUGGUACCGUGUCCGAGGUCUUGAUCCCAAUGAUCCCCAGCAAAGGAACAACAAGUACCGAGAUCGUGCCAAGGAGAGGCGAGCCAAGUACGGAGAACCCGAGCCCCCUCAACCUAAUCGGCUAAAGGAGAAAUAUCUGAAGACCAGGGUCGAGGAUGCGCCCGUGUCUUACGAGGAGCCUACCAGAGCAGGUAUUGGGUCGGACAACGUUGGUAAUAAACUCCUCCAAAAGAUGGGCUGGAGCGAAGGUAUGGGCCUUGGUAAGUCCAACCAAGGUAGAACGAGCAUUAUCGAGACGGAGAGGCGAAUCCCCACGGCCGGGUUGGGCGCGAAAACUGCGACAUACAGUGCUCUUCCUGGAGACACCUACAAGGAUUGCGUAAAGAAAAUGAUGUACGCCCGUUAUCAGGAACUCUCCGACACGUAAUUGGUAAUCGGUCUAGCACGAGAUUAUACGUGUAAAAAUACUUACGUAAAUACUUAGCAAUCCUUACCCCUUGCGUAUGCUCUAGCAAGCGUCGGUGGGGUCCAGGACAACCUUAUAGACGUGAGCAUAAAAAAGGACUUUAUCUGGCUAAUGACAAAAUUGGAUACUUCUGGGACGUGUAUAAUAACGAGACGUGGUGAUGUUUUUAUAAUGCCCGCUCUGGGGAUUGUGAAUUUAUCAUUCUUAAGCUGAUUCUCCGGGGAUGUAAUUUCUCUCUUAUAAUGGCGACAGUGAAGUCGGUUAUAAAUAAAGUGCUUUACUCCAGGUAAUAUCAUGUUGGUUUUAUAUCAUGCCGGACUGAUGAAGGGUAGAUAUAUUUUUUAGAGGUGGUUCGUUCUAAUACAUCCCAAUGGAUCGUUAAAAAGGACAUAUGUAUAACGCUUUUAGCAGGUACUAGAACAUGGCAGAAUGGUUCUGCAAUUAUUAAAUUUCGGUAUUCAA